UCGAUUUAAAGGAAGACGUCAUAAACUUAGAGUGACAAACACUCAUCCAUGCUCGCAUUGGAUGGAUUCCUCUGGUUUCUAUUCAUACAGGAAGAGCCAUCCGUAAUUCCUUCCACUCAGAAACAAUGAUGGAUGGCAAAGGAAAAGGAAAAGGAAAGAAGAAAGCAGAAGUCGAAUAAAAACAAUCCACAGUGGAUCUUCCAAAGAAUUGCCAGCCUCCGAUUUUCUCGUAACUUGCACUAUUUCCAGGCAAAUAUUGAUAUUGGAAUGUUUUCGACAAUAGACUUCCCGAGCUAUGGGACAGAAAUCAGUUCUGUUUUGGUUUAUGAAGCAAGCAAAUCCCUCAAUGUUCUACUAGUUACAGUAUACAUUUUAUGUCCUGAACUAUUGAACCCAUUCAGUACAAUGAUCAGGUUGGCUAUGGGGAUUUAUUGCAGAUUACGACGUCCCACUAAUGGUGCUUGUGUGGAAAUCUGUAUCUUACAUACCGGUAAACAACUUCCCAAGAGGGACACCAAGGAAAUGUUGAUUGUUGUACUUUACCACUUUGAUAACAGCGUCGCAUCUCAACUUUGCACAACCAAAGGAGUUCUAUCUGAAAAAACCAGUUCAUAUCAUUACGAUCUUCUUCUUUUGGGAUUCUUGGUCAUACGAUACAGUCUCAUUGGCUUCCUCCUUCCAAUGGAGUUAUUCCACAAUCUACAAUGCAUGCACACAAAAACCUUACCCUGCCUAAAACAUCAGGACUAUCUAUAGAUGUGAGUCGAUUCUGGUGUUCAAAACUAAUGCGAGGCACAAAAAGAUGGCCUCCUCUGUGGGUUGCAGUAAGGCAAUGGAAAGAGAUUAUCCCUUCAUUAUUGGACGCAUUUCUUGAAUGAGCGUACCAUGUUGUUCUCUCAUCUCAUUUCUACCUCAGCAACGGCAAUUUCAUUCAGAGUUUACGUAUAGUUUACAAGUUUAUUUCAAGUUUUAUCAUCAAACUGAACUGUAUAUUAUUUUAACCAUAGCCAAGGGAGACUAUUAUUGUAUUCAGAACUAGGAUCGAAAAACUGUUUUCUUUAUCUAUUUUCAUUUUUGGAGGGUUGGAGAGAGCAUAGUAAGAAUUGUAAUCUUCGUAAGAGACUAGCUUUUCUUUUCAUGUUUUCUUUUAUCACUAAAUUACACUGGUACACUAAUUUGUGAGUUAAUACUGAACUUUUGUGAUCAACUCAUAAAAUUUUCA